AUGAGACCCUACACCCAGCUCACUCUGGGGGCACUGGACCCCCAGGCCUCUAUGCAAGUCCCCACCCUGCAGCCCAGCUGUUCGAGGCGGCCUUCCUGGGAGCCCGGAGGGAGCGCGGGCAGGGUCCCCAGCGGGGUCCAGCGGCGGGGCCGGCAUCUCCCCGGAACGGCCCCUCUCGCCUCCGCAGGGACAGCGCCGGCCCCUGUGGGCGCCCCGGCCCUCCGCACCCUCCGCAGCCGGAGCCCUGCGCCGCCGCCGCCGCCGCCGCCGCCAACACCGCUGCCCCGGCCCCCGACGCCACCCGCCGGCUGCUGGCAGUGGGACGGGCCGUGGGGCUGCGGGGGCGAGGGCGCCGCCCCCCGCCAGGCCCCUGCCGCCGCCGCCGCCGAGUGUCCGCCCUGCGCCCUCGCCGGGCCCCUGCCCGCCCCGGCAGCUGGCGUCCUGCCGGGGGACGCCAGCUUCUACAGCCUCCCGCCGCCGCCGCUGCCUCCCACCUCCGACCCCCCGGAGCCCCCGGCCCCGUCGCCCAGCCCCAGCUCCAGUCCCAGUCCCAGUCCCCAGGCCGUGUGCUGGCCCAGCGGCUGGCAUUAGCUCCGCCCGCCCUGCCUUCCUGUUUUCAUAUGCAAUAUCAAUCACGGACGGGGCGGCAGCCGCCACCCAGAAAACGCUGCUGUCGGUGUAUCCCAGUAUUGGCUGCCCCCUCCUGGGUCAGGGCCGGGGGCCUGGGGCCCCCCUAUCUGCCGUUUUCCUUUCGACCAGGAUGGGGGGAAAGGAAAGGAAACCCCCCAAAAACAACAGAAAACACACAGAAUAGGCGAUUAUUUAUUUGUUUUUAAUUUAUUUUGUCAUAUUUUUGUAAAACGGCAGAAAUGCAAUAAAAAGUAUAUUUCAACAGUGCCUAAGGGCGGACAUGUGGAAAAGGGACGUUAAGGGGCCCAAUGACGAGGUUGGGGCCAGCUCUUUGGGGGCCUGGCAGGCCUAGGGUGGGUUCCCGCGCCCCCCGGUCUAUGACCCUUGGGGAACUCCUCCAAAGAACUGGGUCUCCAGGCCAUGGCUGGAAAACUCCAAAAAUCCAGGCCCAGGGGCCCCUGGGAGGAGCCGCAGAGCCUCAGGCCCCAUCUUCGGCCUCCUAGAUUAAAGAAGAAAUCUCAAAGUGCUGAUAGGACUCAGCAGUUUGGGCCCUGGGCCUGGGUCCUGAGUCGGCCUCAGUCGUGCAGGGCCACCCUUUCUGGCACACCCGCCUCCCAGGCUGCCAUCUGAGGAGUCAAGGGCUGCGGGGAGAACUUGGGUGUGGAAGUCAGAAGGCACCUGGUGCCUGAGUCUCGAUGUUGAGGGGAUGGCGUGUUGGGGUGUGGCUUCCGGGAAGGGCUGGGAUGCCCCACUGUGGGACAGCUGUCAGACCCUAUUCGCUGGGACUCUUCACUGUGAUCAGGGAUGGACGUGGCCUCUCCCACCCUCGGGUGUGUCCACAUACAAAGGCUCAGGGCCCGACGGGCCCCAUCCCAGGCAGGGCUGGGGGAGCCAGUGUGAGGAAGGGGCACUUGCGGGGGGGGGCAUGAAAGAGAAGUCAGGGUUCACUGGAGGCAGGAGAGCAGCCUGUGCAAAGGCACAGAGGUGUGGGAAGGCAGGGUUUGGUGUUUGGGGGAACAGAGUGAGUAAGAGUAAAGGCAAGAGGGGUGGGUGGAGGCCGGCUGAGGGGCCUGUGCCGGGGAGACCACAGGGAGGCCAUGGGACCCCUGCCCACACCGUGGACAGCACUGGCAGGAGACAGAACCCAGCCCCUCAAAGGGGAACCUAGGGCCAGGGAGGUGUGGGCAAGCCUCGGGGAGGGACAGGCUGAAGCCUACGCCUGCCCUGCCCACGGCCUUUGAAGCUGAAGUCCUGCCAUCUACUCUGCCACCAACAAAUGGCGACACCACGCACCUGCCCAGGGUCAGGCCAACCCCUGGGACUGGGGAUUCCAAGCUGGUCUGAGAACCCCCAGGGACUUAGCCCCCCCGCCCGGCACGACCACGGUCAAGCUUGCAUUUCCUAAGCACCUGCCUUAUGACCACAGGAACUGAACACCGCUGCACAUGCGCCCAGAGCUGGGCCCCGCAGCUGGGCAGCUAGUCCAGAAGCCUUCCACCCAGCAGGCAAGGGGCAGCUCAGGCCGGAGCAGUCUGCCUCAGGCUGUGCCCUCCACGGUGACACCCUGGGGCAGGCGCCCCCUGCAGCCUCUGUGUCCCUCACGCCGCAGCCCAACCCUUCACCGUCCCCAACACCCCAGCCAUCAGCUCCAGCACUCUGGCUCCCACUCAGGGCUGGCAGGGGAAGCAGCGGCAUUCCCCUGGCCCCGUGCCCAGUGGUCAGGAACUCAAACCUUCUGCCUGGAGCCCGAAUGCCCCCCUACGUCCCCGGGCUCAGCCCCAAGCCCAGUCCAGCUGGCUCCCGGGAGUAGCCGUGGAACCUGCCGACUGAGGGCAUUGGGCCUGGGCGUCCCGCGGCGCUCCGCGUGCCUCCUCUCUGAGGGCGUGAGGCCGGGCCACCUGGGCUGUCUCCACAGAGGCUGGUGGGCGUGCCGCCCUGCUCGCCAGUGUCAUGGGCGUGGGGCCCACCACAGCUCCAUCCUUGGCAGCACAGACCGUCUCUCUGGGGUGUCCCGGUCCUCGAGGACACCUUGACAGCUGGGGCAGAGGGGCGGGUCCGGGCAGGUCUUGGCUCUGAGCAAGAUGGCCGCAGCAGGCCCACGAGAGAAUCCAGCUGGUCCUGGGGCCCCAGCGUCUGGGGGCCCCUCUCG